GUUACAUCCUCCGCUUAAUACGGUUUUCACGCAAGGUCAAGCCACCAGAAGCGGUGUAUGAUGAUCCACAAAAUUGAGCGGUUGGCAGCAAACAAGGUGUUGCAUGGAUUUAGGCUUAAGAGAUCGUUUGAAGUAACAGAGCUUCGUCUGCUAGUCGCGGAGCUAGAACAUGAAAAGUCUGGUGCAAUGCACUUACAUUUAGAUCGAGAUGACCCUAAUAAAACAUUUGGUGUUCAGUUCAAGACUUCUCCUACCAAUGAUUCUGGGAUUUCUCACAUUUUGGAGCACACUGUUCUCUGCGGUUCCCAAAAUUACCCGUGCCGUGACCCAUUUAUGAAGAUGUUGCGCAGAAGCCAGGCCACGUUCAUGAAUGCCCUAACUGCUAGUGAUUGGACAUUAUAUCCAUUCAGCACAAUGAAUAACACUGAUUUUCAUAAUUUGCUAAAAGUGUAUUUGGAUGCUGUUUUCAGACCUAAAAUGGAAGAACUAGACUUUAUGCAAGAAGGAUGGCGUUUAGAGCCACAAAAUCUUGAUGAUCCGAAUUCUGAUUUGCUAUUAAAAGGAGUAGUCUUGAAUGAAAUGAAGGGAGUUUUCUCCAAUUCCUUAAACCGGUUCGCUUAUGCUGUUCAGAACAAUUUGUUACCACAGACAUACGGUUAUGUGAGCGGAGGUCAUCCGGAAUUUAUACCAACGCUGACUCUUCAAAGUCUCAAAAAGUUUCACGAGCAAUGUUAUCACCCAAGUAACUCAUGGUUUUAUACCUAUGGAAAUGUAGACCUCAAGCAGUGUCUUGAGUUUAUGGAUUCCGAGUACCUUCAGCAUUUCGAAGCAUUGACACUAGACAAUUUAACACCACUAGAAAAUAUGUGGAAUGAACCCAGAUCCAUCGAGUUAUCGUGUGAACCAGAUCCAAUGACCCCGCAUCCGGAACGCCAAUGUUGUGUGUCUCUUAGCUUUCGUUUAGAUGAUAUUCGCAAUGUUUACACGAAUUUUGUGCUCGGUAUAGUAUGCAGUUUGUUGCUCGAUGGGGACAAUGCACCAUUAUAUCGUGGUUUGAUAGAAUCAGGAUAUGGAUUAGAUUGGAUUGAUAACAUCAACGGAAUUGACCGCGGAACCCGCACUACGAGUUUUCACGUUGGAGUGCAAGGUGUUAGGGCUGAUGACCUUGAAAAAUUCCCCAAUUUGGUUAUGGAUAUUGUAUCUGAAGUGGUUCGAGAUGGUUUUCCAAAAGAACGUGUUGAAGCAACACUUCAUCAAUAUGAAUUGGCAGUACGUCAUGAAUCAGCUCGUUUCGGUUUGAAUUUAAUUAUGAGUUUAUCAAACGCAGUUAACCAUGAAGUUGAUGUCAAUGAAUUCCUGCAAAUCGGAUCCAUUAUAAAACGAUUUCGUGACGAAUGGGUAGAAAAUCCAACCAUUCUUCAAAGUAUUACCCAGCAAUAUUUCUUGGACAACAAACAUAGGCUGACAACAAUAAUGCGUUCGGAUCCCAGUUGGAAGGCUGUGGAAGCAAAAAAGGAUGAAGAGAACUUGAUUAAAUUAACAAAAGAUAUCACUCCCUCAGAUAAGGAGACACUAACAUCUAAAGCUCGUCAACUCCUUGAAAAGCAAAACAAAGAAGAAGAUGUUUCAUGUUUACCAUGCCUCGAUAUAUUUGAUAUUCCUUUAGAAUGCAGACCAGAAUCGUUCACACUAACUCAAACCGCUGAUUGUUCAGUUCAGUUGAACGAGGCACCGACGAAUGGUUUGGUGUAUUUCCAUGCUUUAGCCGAUUUAAAAGAUUUAUCACCCAGUUUGCUACCAUAUGUUCCAUUGUUUUGUGGACUAUUUACAAGAUUAGGAGCAGACGGGUUGAGUUAUCUGGAAAUGGAUCAAGCUAUAGAAUUGCAUACAGCUGGUCUGACAGCUUCGGCUCUAGCCACGCCAAAAAUACCUUGUUCUGAAGUCAAUUUUAUACCAACAUCUCGUCAUAUUCACUUAUCCGGCUAUUGUCUUGAAUCGAAAUUGCCCGAUUUCUUUGAUCUUUGGUCUAAGCUGUUUUGUUCUCCUGAUUGGUCGGAUUAUGAUCGUUUAUCCACCUUAAUUCAAAUGUCUGCUGCAGGAGAAUGGUCUGCAAAUGCAAUAUCAAAUUCUGCUCACAGAUUCGCUAUGUGUCGUGCAGCUGCUAGUCUCUCUUCAACUCUACUUACCCGUGAGUUUUGGUCGGGUAUGGAGCAAGCUAAAAUCAUGCGUCAUAUUGCUGGUAAACUCGAUGGAAAAGGUGAAGGUGAAAACAAUUUUCCCUUGAGAAUUAGUGAAAUUAUGAAGUCUAUUUGGCAGCAUAUUGCUUCACCUGAAAGGCUUAAAUUCAGCCUUCAUGGUGAACCUGAAUGCUUAGCAAGUGGUUUGAAAUGCUUAGAGAACUUCUGUAGCAAAUUACCAAAGUCGUCACAAAAGUCUAAUGUUUCUUCUGAUGAAGACACUGUAAAUGAUGAAGAUAUUUUCCCCAGUCUUUCUGAGAAUAUUUAUUAUACAAUGCCAUAUACAGUUCAUUAUACUGCUGAGGCUAUCAAAGCUCCAGGUUAUGAGUCUGUGGAUUAUGCAAGUUACCGUGUGUUGUCCCAUCUUCUGUCAUUUAAAUAUCUGCAUAGAGAAAUCAGAGAAAAGGGUGGUGCAUAUGGGGCAGGUGCUGUUUCAAAGCCAGAGGCCUUUUUGUUUUACUCUUAUCGUGAUCCACACGCUUACAAAACUUUGAAUUGCUUUGAAAGUGCUUUGCAUUGGGCUGCAUCUCAAGAAUUUCAGCAACAAGAUCUCAAAGAAGCUAAACUUGCAGUUUUCCAAGAAUUGGAUUAUCCUGUUUCUGCUGGUGCGCGUGGUCUGAAUUACUUUUUGUAUGGAAUCAGCGAUCAACUACGUCAGUCACAUCGAUGUCAAGUUUUCUCUGUGGAUGCAUUGAAAGUAAAGAAUAUUGCUGAACAAAUUGUACACAAAUUAUCAGAUCCUUCAAAUUCUUGCACAGUGGGUCGUGUUGUUUUAGGUCCAGAAAACAGCCCAGAUUGGCCAUCGAGUGAUGCAUCCCAAAAAUUGAAAACUUCUUGGAAGUUUGAUACAGUCGCGGAGUAGAUAUACUACAAUACCUCUUCAUGUUUUAUGUUUAUUACUCAUUGAGAAUGCUUUGUCAAUACAAGUUUAUAUAUAUUGAAUUAGAACCUCACUUUUUGUAUAUUGUACUUUAGGAGAAAUACAUUGUCAUUAAUCUUGUUAAUGCCUUUUCUUUGCGCUAUAGGAGUUUUCAUUUCAUAAAUAUACCAU